AUUCUCUUGCUUUUCGUAAGAUCGAGAUCUCUGUAUUCGCUAAUUUGAGUAAUAUGUCUGGUCGUGGGAAGGGCGGCAAAGUUAAGGGAAAGGCGAAGUCGCGCUCCAACAGAGCGGGAUUACAGUUUCCCGUGGGUCGUAUUCACCGUUUGCUAAGGAAAGGAAAUUACGCUGAGCGCGUUGGUGCCGGUGCUCCGGUUUACCUGGCCGCGGUAAUGGAAUAUCUCGCCGCUGAAGUAUUGGAAUUGGCUGGCAACGCGGCUCGCGACAACAAGAAGACUAGAAUCAUCCCUCGUCAUUUGCAACUUGCCAUCCGCAAUGACGAGGAAUUGAACAAGCUGUUGUCUGGUGUAACCAUCGCUCAAGGUGGUGUUUUGCCGAACAUUCAAGCUGUGCUGCUGCCCAAGAAAACCGAAAAGAAAGCAUAAUUAUAAUCCGAUAUCCACCAUCAAAUGGCCCUUUUCAGGGCCACAAAAUUUUAUGACUGGGAUAAUCUCGUUUAGCAUAGUAAAAUAUUUUACUAAUAAAUAUAUAUUUAUUUUUUUAACAAAGUUAAUAUAAUAAAGUUCUUUUAUAUACACAUUUUAAAUACGCUGAUCAUAUUGACAAUGAGAUAUGCGUCAUAUCUUUCAUUGUGUGUAUAAUGUAAAAUAUAUUCACAGGACAUUACACACACUAAAUUUUAAAUAAUCACUUUACGGCGACGGAAUAUGUAGUUUUAAAAUGCAUAGUCUUGUGUCACAAAUUAAUAUAUUUGUACAAAUUAUCAAACUACAAAAAUAUAACAACAAUGAAUCACACUAUUUGUAUAUACCUAGUGAAAAUUUUGAGCGAUUGAUUAUAGUGAUUCUUUGUAUAUUUAUAUAUUUAUAUAUUUAUAUAUUUUUUAUCGCCAGUCACUUUAUUGUUAGAUCUAUGUAUCAAAUGUCGAUAUUUUCAUCUUUUCAUAUUUGUUAUUAUAUUAAUUUUCUAUCUAUUUUUAAAGACAAACAGAAAGAUACAAUAAAUUAUUUGAAAUAUAGCCUUGACUAAAGUAAAUGUGUACAGUAACGAUGAUUUAUAAGUCCAAGUGUUGUCUAUACAUAAGUACAUACGAUCUUUUACUUCUGAUAUUUAGUAGCUUUGUUAUAAAUUUAAGUAGAUAAUUAAAAUUAAACUUUAUCUUAUUGAGAGAGAGAAUAACGCGAAUAAUAUAUUUUUUGUUUACUAGUCUUUUUAAACCCUAUAUAAGUUUGAUUUAUUUUACAAAUGUUAACACGAUAAAAUAAUUUAUUACUUUCUGCCAAAACAAAUAUAAAUUUAAAGAAUAUUACGUGAUGUUAUGUAAUUAUUUAAUUUCUCUAAAUAUUUCAUGAUUUUAAUCACCUCAUUAAAGAGAUAUUGAUAAAUUGUGAAGUUUUGUUAAGAUAAUGUAAAAUAAUUAACGGAAGGUAUAAAGAAGUAGAAAUUAAUUUAGAUUUUAGUAUAUAAACAAUUACUUUUAAGGCUUCUUUUAACAUCGAUUACAUCUCAUCGUGAUUUAUGCUUAUAUAUUAUUAUAUUAUUGCUCACAAUUGUAUGUGAAAAUUAUUUAACACUAGGCAUGGUUAUAACAAUAAGAUUACACGAAGUCGUCUCGAGUCUUGAUAUAGCAUAUCACGAAAUGGCGCUGGAAAAAAAAAUUCCUUUUACUGUUCAAUCAUUGUAGCCAUAUAAAUAUACACAGUUAUUCUGUAGCAUUCGCAUAGUUUUUGGAGUAUAGAUAAGAUAUUUUAAUAUUUUAUUACCUUAUAGUGCUUUAGAGAAUAAAAAUUUAUCAGUAUUAUAAUAAAAAUAUUUAAUAAUAUAUGGUAUGUUUCAUAAAAAUACCAUCAUCUGAACACAUUUACAUUUGGAAUCUUAUCGGGAAAUAUUAAUCUGUUUUAAACACAUGCUUACAAAAUAUGUCUAUUUUAUAAGAAAGUACGUUCAACUUAAUUAUUUAAUUAAAUUGUACAACAUUAAUACGUCAAUACCAACAAUUUACUCCAAAAUCUAUACAGUCUCACAUGAAAUUUUAACGCCAUUCAGAUAUAUUUUAAAUGUACUAGUGUGUUGAGGAGAAUUAUACUGGAUCGUUAGAUUCAUUUUAUUGUUAUAAACCAUAAUGGCAGAACGUUCUGUUUGUGAGCAAUGAGUUCCAUAGCUUGCUCUGAUUCAACGUAGAAAGCGUGUGACAGCUGUUACUGUAGCGCUACAUAAGCUGGGUCUGGCAACCGCGAGACGUGAUUGGAGGAGCGCCGCUCCCUCCGAUUCGUAUAAAAUGAAUGCGUCCGGCCGUCGACGAUCAAUUGACGCUCCGACUUCGUUCGAUACACAGCUCGUACGUUGAGAAUUUCGUCGCUACUAAUCCCAUCAUGCCUCCGAAAACGAGCGGGAAAGCAGUAAAAAAGGCAGGCAAGGCCCAGAAGACCAUCAGUAAGACGGAUAAGAAAAAGAA